CUUUAUCAUUUGCUUAAGAUGGUUUCCGACACGUCUAACAGGUUAUGCGGCCCAUGUAAUUGUAUCCUCGAAAAUAUUCGCGAGGUGAAUUGGCACACAAACCUCGUACAUCAUCAUUCACUCAGGACGUUAGAAGAAUCAGCUAACGCCGCUUGCGGCGUUUGCACUGUUCUUCUAGAGCAUUUACAGAGCAGUAGUUUUCAGCAAGUGUCUGAUAUGUGGGACAAGCUGUUUCCAAUCAAAUGCGAAUCCGAUACGUCCUCAGCGAGCUGGCAAAGCUCGUUUGAACUGACGUUGACGUCCGAUGGCGUGAAGAAUCUAGGCCUAAAAUUUACAUUUGAGGUCAUUGAGGAAUCUGUGGGUAACCAAAGCGGGUACACCCCUUCAUCAACAACAGAUUCUCCUCAGAGUUGGGAACUGAUAGGCCAGUGGUUGAAGCAAUGCACUGAAAAUCACGACCGAUGCAAUGCCCCCAUUCCAGAACUUUGGGCUCCCACACGUCUGCUCGAUAUCGGUACCCCCGGGGAUAAGUAUGUACGAUUGGUAGAGCGGGACGAAAGCCUUUUCUUGAAACAGCCUUACGCGACGCUCUCUCACUGCUGGGGUACUACUCAGCUGACUUGCACGACCUCUUGUAACAUCAAAAGACAUCGCCACGGUAUUAGCUGGACAGAGCUCCCCAAAUCUUUCAAGGAUGCAAUCAGGAUUGCUCGGUCACUCAGCCUCCGCUACCUGUGGAUAGACUCCUUGUGCAUAGUGCAGGAUUCGAUUGACGACUGGCUUCACGAGGCUGACAUAAUGAGCAAAGUCUAUCGAUACGGCUUUAUCAACAUAGCUGCUACGGGAGCUGUACAAAGCAGUGAAGGCUGUUUCUGGAAGAGGGAUCCACGGGUUGUCCAGCCAACUGAGUUCUCUAUCCAAUGGAACAAUUGCGAGAAACUUGAAAGCAGGAGGUAUCAUGUCGUACCUGAUCCACAUUUAUGGGCUCGGAAGUUGGUCGAUGAGCCACUGAACCAGCGCGGCUGGGUAUUGCAAGAGCGGAUUCUCUCACGUCGCGUCUUACAUUUUGGCCAUGAACAGCUAUUCUGGGAGUGCCGAGAGUUCGUGGCGUGUGAGACUUACCAUCGUGGUCUACCUUUCAGUCUACGGGGAAACACACUUAUCGACAUCAAGACCUUGGAUCUUGGCGACGAGCCCCAGGACGAUCGUUGGCCAGCCAAGUACGUUUCCAAAAGUGUUAAUGCACGUGGAACAUUGCUAGGGCACGUCUGGAGCACCGUCACGGAAUUAUUUCGACCUAUUACACUUCAGGAAGUUACGCUGAAUUCGACGAUGAAAAGUGCCUCGGUAUAUCGAGACUGGGAUGCAGUCGUUGAGCUGUACUCACUAGGGGCCUUAUCAUUCCCACACGACAAACUUGUGGCCCUUUCAGGCAUCGCAAGCGCUAUGUCUAUGGUCGAAAAAAAUGCCCCUGGCGACGGCUAUCUUGCGGGCCUUUGGCAGUCAUCUCUACCCUCCCAUCUUCUUUGGACAACGGAGAAAACCGAAAAAAGGCGACAGACUCUGAUUCCAAGUAGAUACGAACAAUACAUCGCACCAUCGUGGUCUUGGGCCUCUAUCCGAGGCAAGAUUUCGCUCACAUGGUGUCAGCACAACUAUGAUCCGAAGGACUACCUAGCGGCACUGGAAGGCGCAGAGGUGACUUGGUCUGACCCAAGGGCAAGAUUUGGCCAAGUAAAGUCAGGAUUCUUGAGACUCUCAGCCCCCCUUGCGUCUGUUCUUUGGGAAGCUGAAGACAGUCCCUCGUUAGCCAACCCCAUGGCUGCGAAGAUAACACACAUCUUUCCUAGAAACUUUGAUCGCCACAUGUCUGUAUCAAUUCCACCAGACACCUCCACUAAAGCCGAGAUCCUUUUUGACACAGUAUCGGACGAUGUGUCGGACGAGCUCACUCUCUUGCCCGUUAUCGGGAUCAUGAGGAGAACGGCUCAUGAAAACGAAACCAUGUUUGGACUGGUCCUUCAACAGCAAGCUAAACCAGAAUGCUAUUCACGCCUUGGAGUCUUCUACACUACAAGGCUACGAGCAAGCAAGAUUCUCAGAAAUAUGCCACGGCAAUCCGUUACGAUAAUCUGAUUUCAUGUAUAUUAGAGCUCGAUCAAUGCGAAAUCAACGAGUGAAUUUGAGCUCCUUCUUCCAAAUGGGGGGGUUCCAGACCGAAAUUUAAAAGGGUAGGUCGCCGUUGAUGGUACUAUUCGAUAGAAGGCCAUCGGGAGUUUUUAUGCA